AUGCAAAGUUCCUCAUACUCAUGGGCGAGUUUAAUAGUAGACAAUGAAAAGUGGAACGGCGCGAUUGGAAUAAACGGCCCUAGCGACCUCAACAAUAACGGCAUGAAGUUGUUGCGGUUUCGAGCAAACAAUGGACUGUCCAUUGUCAACACCUCCUUCGAGCAUCGAAAAGUGCAUCAGUACACCUGGUACCGGGAUGCUUGUGCACAGAAGUCGAUGAUCGAUUUGAUAAUCGUAUCAUCUGACCUAAGACGCUCAGUAAUGGAUAUUCGUGUUAAAAGAGGCGCAGAGCUAUCAACCGAUCACCACCUUGUUGUUGGCACGCUACGCUGUAAGAAAUGGAGUACCAUACGAAGAUCCGGUGGCAGAAGCAACCGGAGAAUCAAAUGGGAAACACUGUCUUCGGUAGACACGAGAGCGAAAUUUGCAAUCAACAUCGCACGACGGUUUGAACAGAUCCCAGCGAUGACAAUUGAUGUUGAAACCGAGUGGCGGUUGUUUAAGAGAGGCCUACUUCAGGCUGCCGCCGAAUGCUGCGGAUAUAAGCGGGUUCGCCUGCCGCCUGGAGAUCAGAAAAGAUCUUCAUGGUGGACAUGA